CCGGCUGCCUUACCUGGCGCCAUGGCGCGUACGGCAGGAGGAAGAGGAGCAGCAAGAGGAGCGCGAUAAACGAAGAGGAGAAGCCAAGACUGCACAUCAUCCCUUCCUCUCCCUCCUGCUUCCCCUACUCUCCCCCCUCUUCUCUCCUCUCUACCCAUUCCCAGGAUGGAUUCGAUCAUGGAUACCGCCAGCCCAAGUCGGCUAUCGUACAAAGAAUCGAAGGACUUCAUGUCGGAACAUGUGGACCUGAUGGUGAAGACUCUGGACAAGAAGGAGUUCUAUCUUCAGGUCCGGUCGGACAUCGAGGUGUCGGAGCUGAAGAAAGAGGUCGCCAGCACCACCUCCAUCGCCGUUGAGAGCCAACGGCUGAUGUCGGCGGGGUGUGAGAUGGUAGAUACCAAGAGGCUUUCGGAUUAUUCCAAAUCGCCGUCGCAAGUGAUCUACCUUGUGGUCAAGUUCCCAGGAGCAGCCUUCGCUGCACCGCAGCAGGAGAACGACGAUGAGCUGCCCACCACUGCUGGGGAGGAGAGCGUAAUGCGAUCUAGCAGGAUCGUGCUCCGAGGGACCGUUACCAUACCCGUGCCAGAGCGGGAGAUGCACAGAGUCGUGCAUAGGAUACUGCAUCGUGGAAACGGGACGCCAAAUCUGCAGGAAAUCAUGUCGUCGAUAUCGUAUAUACCAAGGACUCGGCGUCAUGGAGGUAGUUCAGAACUCCAAUCAGCAAGGAGAAACGUGCACGCGGGUUCCUCGCUCCACCGAAGGCAAAGGAGACGUAGGAUCCAGCACCCUUCAGCGGCAGGAAUUCCCCUGUCCUUCAACCCUAGCAGAAUCAACCAAUUCAUCGACCUUCCCCCAAGGUCCUCGCACGAUUAUGGCGCAAUGGCCGAUUCGGAUUGGUCAGAGUACUUUGAUCUUGAGCUGCAACCGAGCAUGUUGUCGGAUGUCUACGAAUCUUACGAUGACCCGAUCGAUGACCGGUUGGAUGAUUACACGAGGCAGAGCACGUACAUGGUAGAUCAAGAGUCGGAGCUCGGACUUGACGACCUGAUCAACGAUGACAACGGUCUUGCGCUGUCGGAGAACUCCGUCUCAGAACGGUCUCAUCUCCGCAACUCAGGAGAGGAUCUGCAGUCUUUCUCACGGGACCUCAACGCCCUUGGGGAUCGACUUGCGGCCCAAUCCCUCUCGGGCUCUCGGGCUACGAUGCUGGAUACAAGUGCGCAUGAUGGUAGUGGUUCCGGCGAAGGAGGAGCGACGGACAUAUGGAGUGAGGGAAGGAUGAGCAGGAAACGGAAACAUUCGGAGAUUUGCGGUGAGACUCGUGACGACUUGUUGACGACGAGGGGAGAGGAAAGAAAAGCUGGAAUGGAGUGUGAGAGGCAGGACGGGAGGAGGGGAGUACAGCUCGGAACAAAGGUUAACGGCGAGGUGCAGGAGUCAGAUUUCAGGGGACAGGGCCCACUCGCUGACUCAGGACGAGGACCGGACGAUGUCGCAGGGAGCAGGGAGGAGCUCGGGGACGAACAGCAGCUCGUCGCUGGAGCGGAGCUGUGA